UUCUGAUUCUUUCACUUUGCUUCUUUUCUUCUGAAUUUGUAAUCGGAGGUGGGUAUUAUAUUUUUUUCUGCAAACGGAGAGAUCCCCACCUCCUCCAACCAUCAACUGAUCCAAAUUUUUGGUUCUUUAUGGAAUGAUUUCAUUAUUUCUGUGAAUCUCUCUAUAGUGUAGAUGCGAAUAUGCUUUCCUCCAGAAAUCGAUGAUCAAAAACAGAGGAUUUUUUUUGUCUUUUUUAUUAUGGUAUUACAAAAUUUUCCCACGUCUGCGGCGCUUGUCUAUUGAUCUUUCACUAUUUAUAUGUGACAUUUAGAUUAGUAAGGCUUAGCGUCCUUAGACAAAUACCAUUUUUCUAAAUCGUAUUGUUUCACAUUCACCAUGUGGGGUUUUGCUUCUAAAGCCAUUAAUAGAUCCGUCAGGUUGAAGAAUGAUCUUUCAAAGCCCAGUCAAGCUCCUUCAGAAUGCUCAGAUGAUGAACCAUCUUUAAACAGUAGCAGAGAAGAGGGACUGGAAUGCCCCAUAUGCUGGGAAUCUUUCAACAUUGUUGAAAACGUGCCCUAUGUUUUGUGGUGUGGCCACACCCUCUGUAAGAAUUGUGUGCUAGGGCUGCAAAGAGCUAUGGUGAAACUUCCUACCCUCCCAAUCCAGCUUCCAUGCUUCAUUUCUUGUCCUUGGUGUAAUCUAUUAUCUUUUAGAUUGGUACACAAUGGACAUCUUAGGUUUCCUCGGAAGAACUACUUUCUACUCUGGAUGGUUGAAAACAUGAAUGGUGAUAGGUCAAAGUCCUAUUUCUCCUUUCAUGGUGAUCACCAGCCUGUUUGUUCUUCAAACGGAAAUCAAGCCACCCAUACGAGCAACAGGCGAGUUCCAUGUUCUCAUCCCCCAGAACAAUCAGCUUCUAACCAUGGUGAUGGUCGCCUUAACAUUAGAUACUUCAAUUCUCUGAGAUUUCAGUUAUCCAUUCGUAAGUCAUUUGUUUUCUUUGUUCAUUUGACAGCUAAGUUUCCAUUGAUUCUCAUAUUUCUUCUGAUUAUUUUAUACGCAAUACCGGCCAGUGCAGCCAUCUUGGCACUCUACAUCCUUAUCACCUUUUUUUUUGCUCUCCCUUCUUUUCUCAUCUUGUACUUUGCCUUACCCAGUCUGGAUUGGUUGGUUAGAGAAAUCAUCACUUGAGUUAACAUUUUCUUACAUGCCUGAUGUGGUGAUGCCACAAACUUGUGGAAUUUAUCUUCUUGUCAGUCUAUUUACAUGGUGCAAUUUGACGACUUCCCUCCAUUCGAUGCUGACCAGCUUCCUCGUUUUACAUACCAUGUAAGUUGAAUGCAGAUGUUAAAUUGGUCUUGAGAACGCCUUUCUUUUGUAAUUCCAAAAUUUUGGGAAGUAAUCAAUGGUCUCUAGUGGAAAUAUAACGGUGACACACGAGUAUUAUUCUGCGGCAGUGUACAUAUAUAAGCUGGUCAAGGCACUUUGUGUAAGAAAAGUGCUUAGAAAAUUGUCCCUGUUUUGUAUGUUGAGGGUAAUGAUCUUGUGAGUAUUUUGUCUUUGCAUUCCUUUUAUGUCCUUUUGUUUUCGUGUGAGAUUGUAUGAGCACAUUUCAUGAGCAUCAAUUUAAAACGAAUGGAUGUUUGUUUA